GGCGGAACCCCACCAAAAUUGCAUCCUCCACCAAAGCCAGGCCACCUCCACGACACCAAACGUCACUCCGACCACCACGGCGCGCAUGACACCCUAGCGAAUACUUGUCGAACCGAACUGCUCGAGGGAACCGAACUGCAGUUACUUAGGCAUUCCGUUAUCGUCGACAUCUGUCGCGCGCGCACACACAGACCGAACAACCGCGCAAGGCCGUGGCCUUUUCUCCUCUCACCCACCCCCACCCCCCUCACAUCACAAUGCCGACCUACAAGACCAGCCAGGAAUGGCUGGAGCAAUCGUCCCUGCUCCUCCAAGCCCGUCCGACAACCACUCGCAUCACAACAAAGUACUCCAUCAAAGCAGUCAAACCCCGAAAGACCAAGACCGAUGAUGCCUCCGCCGCAGAAGACGCCCCCAUGACAGACGCCAAACCACCGCGCGGCUCCCUCGUAAUCAAAACCUUUGACCCCGUCAGCGGCGUCACCCUCAAAUACCGCACCACAAAGGCCGCCGAGGUCUCGCGCCUCAUCACCUGCCUCGGCGCCCUGGGCCGCACAAUGGCCACCUCGAAACCGGCGACGCUGGAUGAGCCGAUGGCCGACGCCGCAGGCGCAGCGGGGGAGGACACGCCGGCGGCGGCGGGCGGCGCGGCGACGCCCGUGGAGAAACCUCAGGCUGCUGCUGCUGGGGGUGGUGGUGGAGGUGCUGGUGGAAAGAAGAAGAAGAAGGGCAAGAAAUGA